AGCGGGCGGGUAAGAUGCGGAGGAAGGGACCGGGUGCUGGCAGCCUGGGCUGCAGCUUGGCGCCUCGCCACUCCGGGCGCCCCGGACGCGCGGAGGGACGGCUUGGAGAAGUCGGAGGGAGCUGCUAAGACCGAGACCCGGGAGCGCGGCGGUGCGGCGCUGCCCGAGGGGCGGGGGUGGAGGAGCGCGGCAGGCAUUGGCUCCGCGGGCCCGGGAGACCCCCUCGAGCGACCCAGAGGAGACCGGCUGGGGCUGGAGAAAUGGGCCCUGUGAGGCAAGCGUGACCCUCCAGUCCAGCCCACCAGCCUGCCGCCUGGUCAGGGAGGGACAGCACCAUGGCCGGAGUCGUGGAGCAGAAGAGCGGGCUGGUACACAGCAAGCUCAGCGAGGCCAGCAAGAGGAACGGCCUGAUCAACACCAGGAGCUUCAUGGCUGAGAGCAGGGAUGGCCUGGUGUCCGUGUACCCAGCGCCCCAGUACCAGAGCUGCCGGGUGGUGGGCAGCAUGGCGCCAGCUGCCCUGGACAGCAGCAGGAAUGAGACGGUCCAGCAGCUGCUGGACCCCAACGCCCUCCAGCAGUCGGUGGAGUCCCACUAUCGACCCAACAUCAUCCUCUACUCGGAGGGUGUGCUGCGCUCCUGGGGGGAUGGCAUGGCUGCUGACUGCUGUGAGACCACCUUCAUUGAGGAGCGGUCACCCACCAAGGAGAGCCUGGAGUACCCCGACGGCAAGUUCAUCGACCUUUCAGCUGAAGACAUCAAAAUCCACACACUUUCCUAUGACGUGGAGGAGGAGGAGGAGUUCCAAGAGUUGGAGGCAGAAGACUUGCAAGAACUGUUCAAAGAAUCCCCACAUGCUUGUCACCCGGUUUCCUUCCAUCUUAAUAGCUCCCCACAGAGCGACUACUCCAGCGACACGGAGAGCGAGGACAACUUCCUCACGAUGCCCCCGCGGGACCAUCUGGGCCUCAGCGUCUUCUCCAUGCUCUGCUGCUUCUGGCCUCUGGGCAUCGCGGCUUUCUACCUGUCCCACGAGACCAACAAAGCCGUGGCCAAGGGCGACUUCCACCAGGCCAGCACCAGCUCCCGGCGGGCCCUGUUCCUGGCCGUGCUCUCCAUCACCAUCGGGACGGGCAUCUACGUGGGCGUGGCCGUGGCCCUCAUCGCCUACCUCUCCAAGAACAACCACCUAUGAGCCUCCCAGGCGCAUGGAAGAGCCUGGGCCAGUCGUGUGCGGGCGCAGAGGAGUGGGGCUGGCAAGGGUGGACGCACAGGGGGACACGCCUGUGUGAUGCUGUCGUCGCCGACGAGGCCACAAAGCCCUGGGACUUUCUGCCUGUGGUUCCCUUUGUUUUCACCCUUCAUGCCGUUUUCACGGCGCUGUGUAGAGCGCGGGAUGGGUGGGCACUGCUAACCCUUCCACACGGAAACUCCAAAGAUCCCGACCCACGAGGCUGUCUCCAGACAGAUUCCGGUGGACGAGUGACAGCGCCCGUGCCUGGAAUGCCAUAGCGUUAGCAAUACACCAACAGGAACAUGUUUUAUUUUGUACAUAUUCCGAUGCAGUAGGCAUAGGGCUGGGGACACGUACUCCUGUCUGUGGCUCCACAUCCCCGCUCUGGCACCCCGAGUCCAGGCGCCUCCCCACAGGAAGGAAAGGUGCCGGGCAGCAAGAGAGCAAAGCACUGCUGGCGGGACCCCCAGCUGUCGAGGGUCUUCAGGCUGGUCCAGCCCUGAGAAUGCAAAGCCAGAAGAGCAGGCACCUGUCCCAGGCCCAGAGAGUCACGCCCUCCAUGCUGUCCCCAGCCUAGGGACUUGGGGCCUCCUCUGGAACAUGUCCAAACUCAGCAGCCACCACGCAGCAAUAUGCAGUCCUGGGGCCUGGCUGACCUGGGGGCGGGGGGCAGGCCAGCACCUCCCAGUCGCCUCCCGGAGAGACCCAGGUUUGCUCCAGGAACUCCAGGCAAAGGAGCCAUGGGCGGCCCCUCGGCGUAAGGACCGGGGUGCUUCUGACAGCCCUCGCUGACACUCACCUUGGUGACGACAGUGACACUAGUGAUCUCACAGAGGACACGAACCUUCUCUGUCAACUAAAUGAAUAGCUAUUUUCUUGUCAUUUUUUUAAGCGCAACUAUGCUUCAUGCUGCUUCAGUUAUGGGAUGAAUGCUGAGAAAUACGUAAUCACAGACGUUUUAAUACCAUUUCAUUGCUGUUUCACGAAUGAUCAUUAUUUCACAAGAAUUAUCUUUUGCUUUUUUGCU